CUUAAAACAUAACAACAAAUAUCGGCUUUUUUAUAUACAAAUCCGAAAAAUGAUAAAAUAAAUUGAAUAGUAUUUUUUGUGUAUCGAAGUUUUGCAAAAUAAAAUGUGAUAAUGAGACUGCCACCGUUUGAAGUUUUAAUUUCGUUAUUUAUGUAUGUUAUAGCCUUGAUAUAUGCCAUUUAUCAUGCGUUUCAGUAUGGACAGAGUAUCGAUAUUCCAGAGAAUGAGAAUUCGUUUUCUGAAGGUUGGUCGUUUAUUGGUCGAAAACGAGAUGACUACGACUCUGAAUUGGAAUCAUUUGUUGAGAACACAAAAAAGUAUACGUUAUGGUAUAUUUACCAUGUGCUACUAUCAGAAAUUGUUCGGCAAGUGGAACCGCAUAGAAUUUGCUUUAUUCAUGCCACCAUUGGUAUUAUAUUUGUAUCGUCAAACUUCAAGCCGUUGGUAUCGGCUGCAAUGUUUCUAAUGAUAUUUUCGUAUUAUGUGACCAUGCUGAUGCGAAAGCCGUUUGUUUGGAUGUUAACCAUGGUUUGGUUGGCCAUCUUGAAUAUGCUUAAGCAGAGCGUGUGGGAAGAGAGAUUAUCACCAUAUCUCACCGAAAAAGAAGUUUGUGAUGCAAUGAUUGCACUUUCAUGGUUAUUGCUACGAGUGACUAGUUUUGCCAUCGAUUACCGUAAUGCUCGAAACAAAUGCACACAAAAAAAUUCCGAACAAAUACGAGAUUAUUUUUCAACGCUCAACUAUUUGGCCUACUCAUUUUAUUUACCGGUUUAUUUGCAUGGUCCUCCAUUAACUUAUGAACGAUACGCAAGUAUGUUUCCAAAGAAUAAAUUGUUUCGCAUUGAAGAGUCGCUGUAUCGAUUGAAGGAGCUGUUUGUAGCGUUGAUUCGGAUUGGAUGCUUAUACUUUUUGAAUGAGUUUUGUAUGCAUUUCAUUUAUGCCAACGUUGUUAUUUACAAUCCGGAUCAAAUGGAACAUAUGAACCUUUGGGCGGUGUACGGAUUUGCAUAUGCGAUAGGGCAGUAUUUUUGUAAUAAAUACAUAAUAGCCUAUGGACUUGGAUUGGCUGUGGCCAAAUUCGAUCGGAUCGAUGCACAGCAGAAACCGAUGUGCGUUGGACGAAUUCAUUUGUAUUCGAAAAUGUGGAAGCAUUUUGACCAAGGACUUCAUGACUUUUUGUUCAAACAUAUUUAUGCAGAAAUGUGCACCAAAACAUCGUCACUGCCACGAAAAUUGUUUGCCAGUUUUAUAUCAUUUGCAUUUAUCUAUCUCUGGCAUGGAUACUAUAUAUUUUUGCUGGUCUGGGUGUUUCUCAAUUUGGCGUCUUUAUACAUUGAACUGUUUGGAAGGCACAUUGCACAGAGUGAAUCGUAUAAUAGAAUAUUGAAACCGAUCGGCAGCAAUAAUAUUCAACGAUUAAAUGCGUUGCUUGGUGGUCAAUUACUUAUUUCCUCAAGCAUUUCGAAUGUGAUGUUUAUCGGGGGGCCAAGCGUCGGCAAAUGGUUGAUGAUUCACACAUAUUUUACAGGUGGUUUCUUAAAUUAUAUUAUUUUGAGCAUUACCGCUUAUAAUCUAUUUCAAGUAUCUACUUUUAUAUUCAAACAUGAACAAAAUGAUAAGAAACUCACGUAAAAUGUAAACACAUGCCUCAUAUAUUUACGUAUACAUUUCUUUUUCAAGAUGACUUUCUCAACAUUUUGAUUUUAUACUCAAUUGCAAAAUGUUUUGUAUUUUAAUUUUAUGAAGAUUUUUUUUUUAAAUUACGGAUUAACUGAAUAAGAAGGACCUGAGAAGUAUCAUUUAUGCCAAUCCCUAUGGAUUCAAUUAAAUAUUUAAUUUCAAGUGAGAAUAUUGCCUCAUACAUUCCAAUGGUGCAUACAAUGAUUUUUAGAUAGGAUAGAUGCGUAAGAUCUCCGCAAGAUCCAGAUCCAAGCGUGCGUACGCUGCCGCAUGAUGCAUACAUAU